GGAGCGCCGUGCCACUGGUUCCGCUCGUGAACUCCAGCGGGAGGAGCAACCUUCAGCUGCUGGCCCUGUGAGCGGACCCCUCCACUCCGCUUCUAGAUCCGAUCGGCCGCCAUGUUGAAUCGUCUCUGAGCGCGAAUCCGAGCCGUGCGGCCGCCAUGUUGUGCAACCAACUGCUGCUCUCCGUCUACAUCCUCACCUUCCUGAUGGGGGUUCCCGCCAACAUCCUGUCCUUCAUCACCCUCUGCAGGAAGGUGUGUCGCAAGGCGGCGCCCAUCGACGUCCUCCUCCUCAACCUCACCAUCUCGGACCUGAUCUUUCUGGCCUUCCUGCCCUUCAAAAUGAAGGAGGCCUACGACGGCUUGACGUGGCUGCUGCCCUACCCGCUGUGCCCGCUCACCGGCUUCAUCUUCUACGUCACCAUCUACAACAGCACGCUGCUGCUCACCGCCGUCAGCGUGGAGCGCUACCUGGGCGUGGCCUUCCCGCUCAGGUACGCCGUGUGCCGCCGGCCGCGCUACGCCGUCUGGGCCUGCUUCACCUUCUGGCUGGUGACGUCAUGCAACCUCAGCAUCGUCUACGUCAUGCCGUACUCCCAGUGGAGCUACGGCGGCAGCGCCAGCCCUCCCACCACCUGCUACCUGAACUUCUCAGAGGCCGACCUCAGCAUCCUGCUGCGCGUGCGCCUGGAGCUCUUCCUCGUGCUCUUCUGCGUCCCCUUCGUCAUCAGCUGCUUCUGCUACGUCAACUUCAUCCUCAUCCUCUCCCGCCUGCCCAACAUCAGCCGGCGGCGGCGGCUGCGGUGCAUCGGCCUGGCCUUCGGGACGCUGGCGGUGUUCACCAUCUGCUUCGGGCCGUACAACGCCUCCCACGUGGUGGGCUUCGUCCACGGCGACAGCCAGGAGUGGCGGAACCUGGCGCUGAUGUCCAGCACCCUCAACGCCUGUCUGGACCCGUUUAUCUUCUACCUGUCGUCAGCGGCGGUCCGUGGCGCUAUAAACCGCUGCUUCAGGAGCGUCACGGCCAAGAUGCACAUCCUGGGCUGUGGAGGGCCUCCGCAACGCAAACCGCAGAGCGGGGAACGGUUCCGGGCGGAAGCUCCACCCUGAAGAGCCCGACUUCAUUUAAUGUUACGGACAGAGGCGGAAGAUGUUCUGCCAGCUGACCGGAGGAUGAUUCCGUUCUGUGGGACUGAUCGAAAAGCUCUGGUGGUUUAACGUUUUAAUUUAGCAUUCCGAUUAAUUGAUUACAUCGAUUUAUGUAACACAAUUAAUCGCUUUUUUAUAAUUACAAAAGUUCCGGGCCGGAACCUUUGUAUGGACGCGUUUCUGGGGCGUCCAUAAAUGUGACGUACAGCCGCUAAAAACAGCAAUGGAAGCUGCUUCUCUCAGCCGACUGGAGUUUAAUUUCUGCUUCUAAGACGAUUUGAUUGGACGCUGGGAAAUAAAAUUGCUGUGUUCAAGUUAUGCUAAAAGUAGUUAGCCUGUCAGCGAAGCCUGAAAUAGCAUCUCAAUGCUAAACAUGUUGCUAAUGCUAAUGUCGGAAGCCAUUGAAGGUCCAUGAAGGAUCAGGGCUUCCUGAAACUCUGGAGAGUUGAGUGGAUAGAACAGAUUAAAUAAACCAUAAAUAUCUUU